AUGCGUCGAAUCCAUGUUCACAAUCUUGCACUGCGACUUGCUACACUGCAAUCUACACGAAUCGCUUUGCGAAACGAGUUACCGGAACACAAGCCGAUCUCUCUGACACGACAUAUCCCCAGUUCUGCUCGAGAUCUCUUUCACUGGGAUUUCAUUUCUUCCAACAACAUACUGUUUUGUGCUGGCCAAGUAAACUGUCCAAGACACACUGUCGAUUUGAGUAUACGCACCGCACUCAAUGAAAUUAUCGCACAGCUCUUUGAUGAAUUCAAUGCGAAUGCACGGCAGCGUGGACGAGUGCUACAGUUCCAGAACAUUCAGUACGGCUAUAUGAGGGUCGAGCCACGAUUCGGCGUUGAUUAUGUGCUCGAUAUGAUAUUAUGGUUCAAAAAGUUUCGCCCUCCGCAUAGGUCUGAUUUCAAAUAA